AUGGCUCUGGGGUUGCUUGGGAUGGGAAGCGAGAAGCGGCAUUGGAACGUCUCGCUACUGAACGGGCGGGUUGCCGGCGCACAGACUAGCAUCAAGCUUCGCUGCACGUUGCAAGUCCAGGAGAAGAAAAAAAAAGGAGAUGGUGGGGGUCGCAGCCGCCGUCAAAUCGAGCUAGUCUUCACCAAGUCACCGUUUGUAAUUCUCGUUGCCCUUCCCAGCGAAACGGCGUCGGACUGUACCCACCUUUAUCCCCACGUCGGGGCCAGUCUCAAUGGCCCGCUGGGUCGGUCACCCGUUCGCCUCUUCCAGGGUCUUCCCCUAAUCAUCCCCGUUGCCUUCUCUUCUCACCCCCAGCCGUCUCCUUUCGCCGUGUCCUCCCUUCGCGACGGUAGCUUGAACAAGCAACAGGGGGAAGCCCUCAUACCUCGCGUUGAGUCAACUGCAACCGGUAACCGGGUCGCUCUUACCUGCUCUUUCGCAUUCCAAUUCAACGACUACCUGCCUUCCACACAAUUCAACGACACAAAAACUCUUCCUCCGGAAUCAGACGACUCGGCUCUGAUCACCACCUUCAUCUCAGCAUCUUGGGCGUAUCGUAAGAAGCAGCAGCAUACGGUGGCGCGCAACUGGAGACAUUAG